UAAACCCUGACGAGGAGGGCGAGGAACGUCGCGGAAAGUGUUACUGUAAGUACCCGUACCGCGUGUGUGGGUCGGACGGGAACGACUACACCACCUACUGUAACCUCAGGUUCGCCUCCUGGAGCAGCAAGAACAUGGGAGGAUCCAAGAUACACAAGGUGCACAAGGGAUACUGCAAGUUUGCCCCGAUCAUCGCGACCCCGCCCACCCCCAUCCGUAACACCACCGGCUCCUCUGUGUUCAUGAGCUGUGAAGUACGGGCUCACCCCACCGCCAGGAUCACAUGGAAGUUCAGGAAAGACGAGGAUGCCGAGCCUGUGGACUUGCCCGGGGACGCCAGUAACGUCGCCUGCAGCUACCGCGGAGGGCCCGAGAAGAACGAGGUCACCGGAUGGGUGCUGAUCGAGCCACUGCAGAAGGAAAACGUCGGUAUCUACGAGUGUUACGCUGAGAAUGAAUUCGGCGAUGACUCCAGCACGGCCACCGUGGAAGUGGAGGAGGAAGAGUUAUAGAGUUAGAUUCACAAAUAAAAUACGUUUCCUGACCCUUAGUUUUCCUCUGCGCAGCACGUUAAUGUCGAUGAAUGGAUUAUUACUAUUGUCGAGCUACAGGUAUUGGCAAAUAAGGAACGCAUUCAAGGUGCUGGUAGAUUAGAACUCAUGUCAUGUCAUGUAAGGUUACUAACCGCGAUCAUUGUGUGUCAAUAGCUAGUCACGUCAUUUUAUUACAUAGGAUGGAAUAUAAUCAGUUACUUGUGUCUAAAGCUGACCAAAUCUCCGUGUGUAAGGAACGUAGUUCUGAAUUCCAGGGUAUCUCAGGGGCCAGAAUUUACCCUGGAAUUUAAGCUACACAUGUACAGUAAACUGUCACAGUUCUGCCUCAAGCUUGCUACAACUUCGACCUACGCGUUUUUGUAUGAUGCUGUUUUUUUUACACAUUUGUUAAGUCGAUCCAAUCAAAGAUGAUGUAACUCUACUUCUGAGUGUGGCUGAAGAGCAUCGCAAUGUUGUCUUGUCGAUAAAGCUCAGGCCAUUCCACAUUUUCUACUUAGUUCUGUACAACUUCAGUAAGGAAUGUAAAUAGAUUAGCUGUCACUGGCAAAAAUGUGGGUGUGCCAAACUAAGGUGAUGAAACAGUGCUAGUGUUUUCAUACCUAUCCCCUACCUUUUUGUGAAACCAUUGGGUUGAAGUAAAUAAAGGAAGCAGAUUAUUA